AUGGCACAGUGGAACGCCUUCUGGGCUCUCCCUAUGUGCCCCCUUCUCCUCAUGACCCACAAACCAGAGUCUCCUCUAAAGACUUCACUUUUUCACACAACCCCAACAUCUCUGCUCGACUUUACCUCCCAAAUGUCCCUCAAAACCAAACCCAAAAGCUACCCAUCUUGGUUUACUUCCAUGGUGGAGCAUUUUGCAUUGAAUCUGCCUUCUCGUUCCUUGACCACCGUUAUCUCAACCGCUUGGUCUCAGAAGCCCAAACUUGCCCCAGAGAACCCACUUCCUAUUGCUUAUGAAGAUUGCUGGGUUGCGCUUCAAUGGGUCACUUCUCACGCAAACAACGAAGAAUUAGAUGAUAACAAAGAACCAUGGUUACUCAACUAUGGAGAUUUUGAUAGAUUGUACAUUGGUGGUGAUAGUGCAGGUGGCAAUAUUGCACAUAACUUGGCUAUGAAGGUAGGGGCUGAGAGCUUGUCUGGUGGUGUGAAAAUUUUGGGUGCAUUUCUGUCCCACUCUUACUUUUGGGGUUCCAAGCCAAUUGGGUCAGAGCCUAAAGGUGAAGACUUUGAGAAGACUAUGGAGUAUAAACUUUGGGACUUUGUUUAUCCAUCAGCUCCUGGAGGGAUUGAUAAUCCAAUGGUGAAUCCAGCGGGUGAGGGUGCUCCAAGCCUGGCUGGACUCGGGUGCUCUAAGCUGCUUGUGUGUGUUGCAGGCAAAGAUCAGCUGAGGGAUCGAGGUGUUUGGUAUUGUGAUUUGGUGAGGGAAAGUGGGUGGAAAGGAGAAGUGGAGCUGUUUGAAGUGGAAGGAGAGGACCAUUGCUUCCAUAUCUUUAGUGAGACUGAGACGGAGAACGUUAAGAAAAUGAUCAAACGCUUGGCUUCUUUUCUUGUCUAG